CGUAGAAGAUUCGUUCCUGCCAGAUUCGGUCUUGUUGAAGGUCUGGUGCCUUCUUUCCUUCCUUCCUUCUUUCUUUCUUUCCUUCCUUCUGUCUCUUGGACCUUCAAACUCCUCUCUCCUGCUUCACAUUCUACAAACCACCUUCAGAUGGACUAGGGCUUCAACUUUCUACUUUUGAUCAAAGCGAGAAUCCGUCAACAUAUUGGCCUACUUUUUUUAGCUAUUCUAGGAACCGUAUCAUCCCGGGCUACUGAGGGGCGUCUCGAAGCUCAUUGUACAGAAAAUAUCGACAAAUAGAUCAAGAUGUCUCUCCAAGAGCUGAUGGAGCAAUGGCAGGUCAUGUCGGACCGGCGAGCGGAAGAGGACCGAGCAAGAGAUCGAGCUCGGAUCGCAGAAGACGAGAAGUUCGAGGCCACAAAGCAAUCAAAGCUUAGUGCUCUCGUGGCUGAGCUUACUACACGAAUCCCGAGCUACGAGUCUCGUUCUGCUGGAGCAUUGAGGAUGCUGAAGAGAGAGCAAGCAAAUGAAUUUACCCAAUUGCAGAUCAAGCACACAGCUCAACUGAAGGCUCUCCAGAAGAAGCAAGAAGACGAGAUCGCAGCAUUCCCGGAAAAGUACAUACGAAAAGCAGAGGACAUCGAGAACAAUCUGAGGGCAGAUAUACAGUGGGAAUUGGACUUGAUGCUGGAAGUUGAACAAGCUGUGUUGGAGAACACGCUGUCAGUCGAGAGAAAGCAUCUUCUGGAAGCCAGGGACAGAGAAGACCGACUCCGAGAGCAGGCAAGAGCCUUGAUUGACCGAGAUUUGAAUAGCCAAGUCCUUACAACAUUCCGGCAUGAAGCUUCACGCCAGAAUCAGCAUCGUCAAGUGACUGUCGCCCAAUUAAAUUCUGCUGAACGACCCUUAAAAAGCAUUUUAAAGAAGCCUCGGGGUAUAUCGGUCAAUAGUGACGGCACAACAACACUUCUUUACUUCGAGGAUGGGACCCGGGAGGACCGCCAGAGUAAAAGAGUCAAGAUGGAGGGGUCCUCAAGGAGAACCAGAGCCGUGGAUAUUCUGGAUGAGAACGCUACCUUGUUCCCAUAUCGUGAAAACAAGAGUCCCGCGAACACCACGAACGCCACAGUGACCUCGGUCGAGUUUUUGGCAAAGCUACAUAAAUCUCAAUCAUUAUCAGCGAGCUAAAUCAUUCUACGACUUUAGACCCCGCGAGAUAUUUUGGGCUGUCACCCAGUGAUGGAAGAUAUUAUUGUGUUGCAGUGGUAUUGACGCUGUCCCUUGCCGAUGUGCAAGUCACUUUUGGGCCUCGGGGUUCACUUCAUUGUAUUCUAAUGACUGAAGUAUAUAGCAAAGUUCCUGGAACUGUUACGAGUGGUAUAAAGCUUUUGAGAUCGACUCGCAGCAGUCUUCAUGCUUUGCUCAUCACUGCCAGAUAUUCAUUUUUGGUCGAUAUGGAAUAGCAGUACUUCAUGUUUUGACAGUAGAUUGGC